AUGACUCCUAACCAAGCUUCAGAGACUGGUAGUGAUCGCCGCCCAGUUCAGAAGCAUAAUAAUGCGAUGGAAAGGCUCUGGAACGCUCUGCGCGACCUUUUCGUGCACCUCGGUUCUGUCAAUCCCGACCUCGAGAUUCCAGCCAAUUCUUUCCCCCGAUUUCUACACUUUCCACCCGAAAUCCGUCGCAUGAUCUGGGAAGCGUCUCUACCCCCCGGACGGAUCUACGAGCCGAAGACGUAUAACAGCUGGAUCACGUACGACACACGGCCUGUCCAGUUCUACCAACAUUGGGCUCCCCCUGUCAUGAGGGAGGCUUGCAGGGAGGCUUACACGGUCUGCAUGGAAAACGGUUCAUUUCGUUUCGGCUACUUUGGCGGCAUGAGGCCCGGCCUAAUGCGUGGCAUCUGGUUUAACAAUGAUCUGGACGCAGUCUACCUCCACACUUACGAGCAGUGGCACUACUUUCACCUCCUCGGCAUCAAGAAUGUCUGUAUCAGUGACACGAUCGCACUGGAUCCAUACCAAUGCCAGCAUAUCUUCGGUUGUCUCUCCUGCGACCGUGUUAUCAUCGCCUACUACCCCGUGGGCACCCCUGCUUACGAGCAACUGACUAAGACGUACCCUGUCUUCCGAUCGAUCCGCAACGAGAACGAGGUCGUUGCCAUGCAGCAGGUUGACCCCGAGGACUUGGAUGCGGACCUCGAGAUAACGUGGAAAGAGCACAAGGCUACGCUUGAGGAGUACUGGAAGAAGGAGCAGCACAUGAUGUCUGUGACAUUUGAGGCGGUCGAAGUCUUCCGAAAGGCCCGCGAUCCAAGUGCUAUUUAA